GAGUGCUCUGUGCAUCAGUUCACUUUCUAGAUGACAGUGCCCCCCUUCGCUUACUCCAAUAGUGACAAAUUGCUUUUUGAGUUGCUCAACCUCUCAAAGUUGCCAAUAUAAGAGAAACCACCGUUUGCUGCCUAACACAGUACUUCAUCUUGCUCAUGCUUAAAUUUUAUAGUACUUCUUAUCAGUAACUACAACAAGUGCAGCAGUUUAGAUUCCACUGAACUCCAAUGGCAGAAACUGCAAGGAAUGAGGGGCAUAUAGUGAUGGCACCUUUCCUGGCACAUGGCCAUCUCAUCCCAUUCCUAGCACUAGCAAGACAAAUCCAAGAAAGAACUUCCUUCACCAUCACCAUUGCAACCACUCCCCUCAACAUUCAACACCUCCGAUCCGCCAUUUCCUCCAACAAUAUCCGCCUUGCGGAGCUAACUUUCAAUUCUACCCAACAUGGUCUGCCACCCAACAUAGAGAACACAGAGAAGCUGCCUCUGACAGACAUCAUCAAAAUCUUCCAUGCAUCACUGAACCUUGAGGCUCCUCUUCGCUCCCUUAUAUCCCAGAUCACACAAGAAGAAGGUCACCCUCCACUUUGUAUAAUCUCUGAUGUCUUCCUUGGGUGGGUUACUAAUGUUGCCAAGAGCUUAGGUACUAAAAAUAUAACCUUCACCACUUGUGGUGGUUAUGGAACUUUGGCCUACAUCUCUAUCUGGUCUCACCUCCCCCACAGGAAAACAGACUCAGACGAGUUCUGGGUUCCGGGGUUCCCUGAAAGCUACCGGUUCCACCGCACUCAGCUGCAUAGAUAUCUAAGAGCAGCUGAUGGAAGUGAUAGCUGGUCCAGAUUCUUUACUCCACAGAUUGAACUUUCUGCGAGGUCUGAUGGCUGGAUUUGCAACACUGUUGAGGAGAUAGAGCCACUGGGACUGCAGCUCUUGAGGAAGUAUCUUCAACUUCCUGUUUGGACUGUGGGUCCUCUACUCCCACCAGCUACACUAAAGGGUUCCAAACACCGUGCAGGGAAAGAACCCGGUAUAGCUCUUGAAGCAUGCAUUGAGUGGCUCGAUUCGAAAGAUGAAAGUUCUGUUCUUUACAUUUCUUUUGGGUCACAGAAUACUAUUAGCGCCUCCCAGAUGAUGGCUUUGGCUGAAGGACUGGAACAGAGUGGGAAACAGUUUAUUUGGGUUAUAAGACCACCUUUUGGUUUUGACCUUAAUGGAGAAUUCAGGGCAGAAUGGUUGCCAGACGGGUUUGAAGAGAGAAUGAGACUCAGCAAACAGGGUUUAUUGGUGCACAAAUGGGGACCCCAAUUGGAGAUUCUAUCACACAGAUCGACCGGAGCGUUUCUAAGCCAUUGUGGGUGGAACUCUGUGUUGGAGAGCCUUAGCAACGGUGUUCCCAUCAUUGGGUGGCCACUUGCAGCAGAGCAGGGAUACAAUGCGAAGAUGUUGGUGGAGGAAAUGGGUGUGUGUGUGGAACUCACACGAAAUAUGGAAUCUGUCAUUUCUGGGGAGAUGGUGAAGAAGGUGAUAGAAAUAGUUAUGGAUCAAGAAGGGAAGGGAAAGGAGAUGAAGGAGAAGGCAAAUAAGAUUGCAGUACACAUGAGAGAGGCAACAACAGAGAAAGGUGAAGAAAAGGGGUCUUCCGUGAGAGCAAUAGAUGAUUUUGUAAGAACCAUUUUAGAAUCCAAGGCUACAUGAGUUGUUUCAUUUGAAUUUGAAGAAUAAAGCUACUUGUGUAAACAAACUUGUCAUAAGAUUUUGAGAAUGUUAUUACCAUGGAA